AUGCGGGACCAGACAGAAAUUAUUGUUGAAAAGAGAGAGGAGGUAAUGCUAUCAUCUGCUAGAAAUGCAAGUCCAACCCUAAGAACAGCCCAUUUUCUGAAUCCUACUCGGGCUUCUAUUAAAGCGCUAGUCCCCAAAAACCCUUCACUCUGCCCCUCUACUUUGCCUCCCACUUUUGAUCCUGAAAAUUGGCCUAUCGAUGCGACGUUCUAUGGUUGGCAAGAGCCAACAGCGAAUUGGAAAUCAUGGGUUCGUCACAUGGAAGGUAUGUAUGAGCCUGUGUGGAAAAGGGCAGGCAUUCAUUCAGCAAUCUUGAGUUCUACUUACAGGGUUCAAAGAGACUAUGACUGGAUCAUUGGCCUUGCCGAAAAAUGGUGUCCUGAGACCAACACAUUUAUCUUUCCAUGGGCAGAAGCAACUGUGACACUAGAAGAUGUGGUCAUUUUGGGAGGGUACUCUGUUUUAGGGUCCCCUUUUUUUUCAUGCUCUCGUGAAAUCAGGGAAGAUAAAGAAAUUGAAGAUAAACUGAAAGAAGCUAGAAGUGAAGUAGGAAGGGGACUAACUCGUGGGGUCUGCCAAAUUGGAUGGAUGGAGGAGUUUAUGUUUAGUGGCAGUGAAAUAGAGCACGAAGCAUUUCUUUCAUUGUGGUUGGAAAUGUUUGUUUUCCAUGAUUCUGAGAACACACUUAGAGAUUGUAUAUUUCCUAUUGCAAUCCAUUUAGCGAAAGGGGAAGUUGUUGCGCUUGCUCCUGCAGUUCUGGCUAGCAUAUAUAGAGAUUUGGGUUUGUUAAAAGCAACAAUCGUUGCUGUUACUGAGUUUAGGAGAAGAGACUAUGCUGAUAUAUUAGCAGUUGCUCUAUGGUCGCCACUUCAUUUGGUUCAACUUUGGGCAUGGGAGAGAUUUCCAGCCUUCCAGCCACAGGCCAGUUCCAUCAGAAAUGGUGAACCCAGAUCAGCUCUAUGGGACAAAGUCAAAAGCAGGAAAGUUGAGAAUGUGAGGUUCGUGUUGGACUCAGCAACAGAGACUUUUUGCUGGCGGCCUUAUGCCACGGGAAGAUAUGGUCUUGAAUUUUACAAAGAGAAAGAAGAAUGGCGAGAACUGGGAUCAAAUCAAGAUUUGUUGUCAUUUGCUCUAUGCUUGAGAGUGUCUGAGCUGGUUGGUAUAGGUUGUAUUGAACAAUAUCUUCCCCAUCGAGUGGCAAGGCAGUUUGGAUUCGAUCAGGAUAUUCCUUGUGACAUUGCUAAAUCUAACGGCAUCCCAGAACUUGCUUGGAUCAAUUACAUUAGGCCAUUUAGUGUUACCAAAUUGUUUGUUCCAUCUCCAUUCUUUGUGCCUGAUGUUACUAUAAAAUACUUGAGGUGGUGGAAACAGUCAGAGUUGGAUUCGCAUGAUCUGCUCAAGAAUGCAAUAAUUGCCGCUGUGCGAAGAAAAAGAAGCUCAAGGAAAAGAUCAGAAGGACUGCCAAAGGCUUGGAUAGGAAAGAAGGGAGAUAAUAAUGUAGGUAUUUUUCCUAGUCCUUCCAAUGCAAAAGCAAAUAAUGGAGCUCUGUCUGAGGUGAAGUCACUACAGAAACCAGUAGAAUGCAUUAUGAAUCUCAAUACUGAAAUAGGCAGACCAGUAAGAGCUUUGGAAAAUCAAGCUGGGAUUCCACGUUGCCAUACUCCUAGCAAGAGUAGAGUUGGAGGAGAAAACAGUGCGUUUGAGGUACCAGGAUUGGCACUUGAAUCUCGGAUUGCCAUACUUGAGAAAGCUAUCGCUGAGCUAAAAGCUGCAAGAUUUGGCAGCAGGUUUGAGAAAAAUUGUUCAUAA